AUGUCCAAUCAAUCCCCCUGGUACCCCUGCACAUCAUUUAGGCGCCGCCCCCGCCAAAACCCCCAAAAUCUGCGGCUGAGACGCCUCCGUUCCUGGCGCGCCACUCCUCCCGAUACGUCCGUCUCGGCACCCGCGCUUGACGUCCUGCCCUGCUCCAAAUGCCGCAACGCAUUUGCGCCGCCUCGCAACCCCGUAGCGCCCGCUACACACAGCUGCCUGGUCAUGGCUCUGCCGCGAUCGAACGACGGCGACAUUAGGGGCCGCCCCCGCCUGCGCUCGCCUUUGAGAAUGCCAUGCUGGCUGGCCAUUGUUCCCGCUCGUACAGGAUGA